AUGUGGCUGGCGUUUAAAGUAAAAAGCAUUUCGUCAGUCGCGUGCGGCUAUGCGUUGCGGUCGGAAAAAAAUAAAUUAUUGGUUGUUUUCCGACCGCGACGCAAAGCCGCACGCGUCUGACGAAGUAAUGUUUUUUACGCCAGCCACAUUUUUCAACCAAGAUUCCCCUUUGAACCUUGAAAAAAUUCGUUUUCUUCCCAUUUUUUUGCACAAAAUGGUGCGAGUAGUUUAAAUAUUAAUCCAGCCCAUAAAAAAGGGCCGUUUUGAAGUUUCUCUUUUUUUCUUAAGCUCAAAAAAAAUGAAAAAAAAAAAGAUUUGAUAAAUAUGGGGGAUUAUCCGAUUAGAACAACACAAAGUUUAUCCUGGCAAAAGCGAUUUUUGUAUGUUACGUGACAAAAAAUGGGGAACUAAAUACUAAUACCCGAGAGAGACAAAUAAGGGGCAGAAAUCUGAAAAUGACAGAAAAUAGGAGAGGAGAGCAGAAGAAGAAGGGCUCCGCCCAUUUUUGGUCGAUCUCGUAUUUAUUUUAGCCACGAAGAAGAAAAGACCGCCUUUUUAAUUGGGUUCGUCCUCAAUGGAAAUAAGAAGAAGAAAGAAAGAUGGGAUGACAAAAAAAAGAAGAAGAAUUGAUAUUUGUGAGGGUGGGAAUGAAGAAGAAGAAGAAAUAGAAGAGGAAAGGAAAGCAAUUGUUGUUUGGAGCAACACGCACAAAAAAAAAUAGCAAAAAAUAUAGAUAUAUAAAAAAGACAACGAAAACAUAUAUAUUUUUUUUGGACGAGGUAAAUACUCUGGCGAAAGGAAUUUUUAAACAUCAAAUAUGAAUGAUUUAAAGUUGAUGUGGGAGGAACUUGGAAUUUGUUAGUUUUUGAACUUGUGCUUGGAGAUUCGGGAAUUUCUGAAGUUUAGUAGCUUUCAGCUUCAGACUUGUGAAAACUUUUUCUGAAAUUUUUUUUCAGUAGCUUUAGACUUGUGAAGAUUUCUUCUGAAAGUUGAAAUAGCUUAAUCUAGUUAGCUGAACUCAUGUUGGAAUUAAUUCCAAUUAACUUUUGAGCUCACUUUCUGAUUUCUAGAGUGGAACGAAUUUUGAAUCUGAUAGUUUUUCUCUACAACUUCUGAAUCGAUUAGACUUCGAGAUCAAUCAAUAAAUUUCGAGCUACUGAAACAAAAUUUCAAAAAUAUUGGUCAGAUCCUCUUUUUGAGCUCCCCGGCCCCAAGGAUUUUUGAUUUUUUUUGCCUAGAAAAAUUCCUAGCCUGACUUUUGGUUCUCGCAAUUACCCUACUUCAAUUUUAUAUUUUUCGUUUCUAUUUUCACACGAUUCAAUUUUAAGUGUUCCAAAAUCAACAAAAGUUGUACUCAAACUUUACUCUUUCCUAUUUUUUUCCAAAGAAAAACAAGUCUUUUUUUUGCUCAAUGAUGAAAAAUCUCGAAAAAUUCGUCAUAAAUAAUCCCAAUUAGUCGAAAAUAUAAGUUUCUCUCAAAUAGAGUUAUUAUUAUUUUUUUUUAUUAUUCAGAAAAUAACCCAAAGAGAAGGGAAAAAAUAAAGGAAAACAUGACCUUUUUUGAAGGCGAAAAAGAAAAAGGAAGGUAGAUAUAUGAAUUUGUAAUUAGCUGGGAAAAAAUGGAAUAAAUAAAUAACCUGUGAUCGGAUAUUUUUUGCAGACAAAAUUAUUCGCAGACAGCAAAAGGAAAUUGACAAUUUCCAUGUUUCAGCCCCAAAAAAUGUGAUUUUUUUUCAGGAUGAACAACAGGAUGGGGACGAUGAGAUUGCGAUGAAUAAAUUUACGGUUGAGGCGAUUUUGGAGGGAUGUGAGACGUUGACUGAGGCAAAGUGAGUGGAAGUUAGGCUAAGUUAGUCAAGCAUCAGCGCCUAUAGAACCUUGUUGUCAAGGAGCCACGCCUAGAGAGUCAAAUCCUAAAGUAGCCGCGCCUAGAGAACCUAAAUUCCUAGGACUCAUAUCUAGAGAUCCUCUCUGGCAAGUAGCCGAGCCUAGAAAUGUCAAUUGUCAAGGAUCGGCGCCUAUAGAACCUUGUUGUCAAGGAUCGGCGCCUAUAGAACCUUGUUGUGAAGGAGUCACGCCUAGAGAACCUACAUUCCUAGGACCCGCAUCUAGAGAUCCUCUCUGGCAAGUAGCAAAGCUUAGAAAAUCCAAUUGUGAAGGAACGGCGCCUAUAGAACCCAGUUCUCAAGGAACCGCGCCUAGAGAACCUAAAUUCCUAAGACCCGCAUCUAGAGAUCAUCUCUGGCAAGUAGCCGAGCCUAGAAAUGUCAAUUGUCAAGGAUCGGCGCCUAUAGAACCUUGUUGUCAAGGAGUCGCGCCUAGAGAACCUAAAUUCCUAAGAACCGCAUCUAGAGAUCCUCUCUGACAAGGAACCGAGCCUAGAAAGUACAUUUAAGGCUUAAGGCUAGGCUAAACUAAUCCUAGAAGCCUGGUUUUUAUGAAAUCUAGACAUCUAAUUUUUUCUUUGAGCCGAUGAUUGAAGUUUAGCUUAACUCUAGCAUCAAACUCAAAAACACAAUUUUUUUCUGAAAUUCCAAGUUCUCUCUUUUUCUAUACACUAAAAUUAAAUGAGUUCUUAUAAAUUAAAUUAUACUAAAGAAAAAUUAAUUGUUUUUUCUUCGAACACACAAAAAAACAACAAAUAAUAUAUCUAAUUACAUAAAAAUAAAUAAAUUCGAAGAAAAAAAAAACAAAAAGAAAGGAAAUAGAUAGGGUAGGAUAGGGAUUAUUUGAUCCGCAUCUAAUUUUUGUCUAGGAACAAAAAUACGCGAAAAGAAAAGAUUGUGAAAAAGUGUGUGUGUUGGUUGAUCUGAAGUGAGUCAAUCACAUCACAUCACAUCUUUUUUUAUCACCUCAAAAAAUUUCUCUGCAGCGAGACAAGGGGAAAAAAAUCUAUUUUUGAGUGAUAUUUUUCUUACAGAUAUUUGAUGCAACACCUGUUCGAUUUGUGUCUCCAAAAAGCGGCGAUUGCGGCAAAAGUGGAAGCUGAGUUUAAGGUUUGUGUUGAAAAAUUUGAGAGAGAGAGAAAGGGAAAUGUGUGUUUUUUUCAAAACGUGACCCAUUUUGUGCUCUCAUAAUUUAUUCAUUCCAAAAAAAUUGUGUGUUUUUUUGAUGGAAAAAUGUGCACUUUUGUGUCAGCUAGAAUUAUAUAAUUUGCUGGUUUUAGAGAUCUUUGUGGUGACAAAAAACCAACAGGAAACUUGUCAGAAUCAGCGAUUUUACGAGGGGACGAAUAUUUAAUUAUUCAGAGAAUAGAGCAUUUUUUUGGGGGCUUUCUGGAUUUUGGCUCACAAAAAAAUCGGAUUUUAGGUGAAGAUCUUAAAAUCUUGCUCUAAAUUCCGAUUUCCUGGCAAUUAAAUCCAGGAUUUUUUUUUUUACAAAAAAAGUAUCUAACGAGACAUAUAUUAUCGAAAAUCUCAUCGGUACCACGCGCUCCACCGAAAUAAACACGCAACGCAGACCGCGCCGCGCCACAUCACACACAAAAAAAAGAACGAUUCAAAUACCCUCCCUUUUUGUGUGGCGCGACGCGGUCUGCGUUGCGUGUUUAUUUCGGUGGAGCGCGUGGUACCGAUGAGAUUUUCGAUAAUAUUUACAAUGUUUCUAUACAGUUUUUCACGCUGAGAAAGAUCCUGUUUUCAGGUUUUGCUCAGCAAAAAUGAGCCAAAAGUUGAGAAUUUCUGAAAAUUCGUGGUUUUUGAGAGCCCGGAAGUCAAGUUAGAGAUGAUUUCUAUGAGAAAUUGAAUACAGAGCGAUGUUCAGAAGGGUAGAUUUACCAAAGUCAUAAAAUUUGUUGUCAAAAUUUUCGAGUUUGGAAAAUGAACCCUCCUGAAGAUCGCCCUGUAUUUAGUUUUUGAUAAACUCUUCUCUAACAUGAGUUACGGGCUCUCAAAAACGCAAUUUUCAGAAAAUUCUCAAGUUUUGGCUCUUCAGAGAGUCGCUCACAAGGGAAGUGCAUAAGGGUAGGUGUUGAACUUUUUGUGCAAUUUGGUACACAUAUAGAUUCGAACCUGCUGAUCUUGAAUCUGUUUUCAAAAAUUGCCACAAGUGCACCCAAAUGGUGUUUUUCGCAAUCAAAAAAUCACCAUUUUUUUCUUCGUUUCAUAUAUCAAACAUUUGCAGGCAGAAAAAACAGGAGCGCGUAGCCGAGUGGUAAACACUCACGUCUUUGAAAUUUUAGGUUAUGGGAUCGAUCCCGCUCCAAGGCAAACUUUUUUUCAAUUUUUUUUCAAAUCCAUUUAUGAGUAUUUUAAAGGUGAAAUUUGAACGGAAAGAUGAAAUGAUCUCCAUUUGAUAACUUCUGAAAAAUGUUCUGAAUUUUUUUAAUGGUUAUGUUUCCAUGAUUUUGUUCUUUGUUUUCAUAAAUGGAUUUGCAAAAAAAAAUGGAAAAAAAAGUUUGCCUCGAAGCGGGAUCGAUCCCAUAACCUAAAAUUUCAAACGUGAUUGUUUACCACUCGACUACGCGCUCCUGUUUUUUCUGCCUGCAAAUGUUUGAUAUAUGAAACGAGGAAAAAAUGGUGAAUUUUCGAUGGCGCCAAACUGCUUUUGGGUGCACUUGUGGCAAUUUUUGAAAACGAAUUCGAGAUCAGCGGGUUCGAAUCUAUAUGUGUACUAAAUUGCAGAAAAAGUUCAACACCUAACCUUAUGCACUUCCCUUGUCAGCAAAAUCUGAACACGGGAUUUUUCUCAGCGUGAAAAACUGUGCAGAAUUAUUUUUUUCCUCGUAAGAAAUUUGUGAACAAAAUUAUUUUUUUGUCCAAAAUUUCACAAUUUUUACUUAUUUCGAAAUCUGCCAUUUUUUCUCACCGUGUAGAAAAAAGUCGAAAAAACGCACGAAAAGCCAUAAAAUCUUGUCUGAAAAAGAAUAAACAAAUAAAAGUGCGGCGCUGAGAAGAAAACAGCGAGAUUCAGAUCCACUUCAUGUUUGACCUUUUGUUCGCUUAUCUUUUUCCGCUUUGAAGAAAAAACGGCAAAAAUUAAAUUACCCAAGGAUGUAUUUUUAGAGAGAUGAAUGAAUAAUUCAGUAUUUUUUUUAGAAAAAAACCCAGAAAAAAGGAGAAGCGGCGUACUUGAAAUCGAAUCAUUGAGCCAAUUUUGGGCCCCAGAAAAGAAAGGAAAUUGCCUCUUUAUCCACAGAAAAAACAGUGUUUUUUCAUGCGAAAAAAUAAAAUAUACAUAUAUUUCUAGAGCCGCCCACCCCAAUAUUUUUCCCCGGGGAUUGGGCGAUUUUUAGCCAUUAGUUUUGGCCACAGAAAACAGAAAUGAAUAAGAUGAAGAGUGCUCUCCGCGCGCGAGAGCGAGAAAAAUGCAAUUAAAACAUGUGAAAUUGGAGAUUCACCCCAUUUCUUGAAGAAAAAAAUGACGAAUCUUGCUUCAUUUUUGCACUGAAGAAAAAUAAAUCUGACGAUUUUUUCUAGUAGUGUUCUGGAAAAACAGCGCGCGGAUAAGUUGUUUUUGAAAAACAUGCUUGAAAAAAAGCAAGUGACUUUAGAAGAAGGAGGAGAGAAAAAACAUAUGUAUUGAGUUUCGUUUCUUUUUUUUGGUCAUCUAGUUUUUGUUGUUGUUGAAAAAAAAUGGAAAAUAAUCACGUGUGAGCAAGAAUGGGCGGGGAAAAGUUUUUUUUAGAUAUUCAUUGGGAGAUGAGAGAAACAAUGGAGUUCUUAGAGGUCAGAUACAUAAAAAAUGUUGGAAUGUUCUUGAAGAGUUCAGAUGAUUUUUGAUAUUGGGAAAAUUUAUGUUGAGAAAAAAUGAUGGCGAGGGUUCUGAAAAAAUGGAAAAUUCAGAAUUGGACCUGGUUUUUUAAAGAAAAAUACUGAAUCUGGGCCAGAUUUUUAAAAAACUCGAUUUUUCAAGUUGGAAAAUGAUUUGAUUCAGAUUUUUCUUUGAAAAAUCAGACCUGGUCUUUUUUCAACUCGAAAUCCCUGAAAAUUUGGAAUUUCGAACUUUUUGCAUUGAAAAGUUAAAUUUGAAAUUCCUAUAAGUUUCGGGGAGAUUUUUCCAAACAAAAAAUUUUUGGACCAAAUUCUGACGGAUAUGGAAUUUAAUUUUUUUUGAAGAAAAAUGUUAAAUUUUUUAAAUUUUCAGGAAUUUCGAGUUGAAAAAACCAGGCGCUGAAUUCACAAAAGUGGUAAACCAAAAAUUGGUGAAGAAAAAAUUUGAGCGUACCACAAAAAAAUUUCAGCAAUUUUUGGUACGCUAAAUUUUUUCUUCACUAAUUUUUGGUAUACCAUUUUUGUGAAUUCGGCCUCUGGUCUUUUUUCAACUCGAAAUUCCUGAAAAUUUGAAAAAUUUAACAUUUUUCUUUACAAAAAUGAAAUUCCGAAUCCGGAUUCCGAUUCGGUAAGAUUUUUCAGAAAAAAAAUUUAUUUUCAACGAAAUUUUGAUAAAACUAUAGUUUAGUUUCACAAAUCUUCUUCACCUAAUCGAAUAUGAAUCCCAUUUUGAAAAUAUUUUCCCAGAUUUUUUUGAAUUUUUAAUAAGCUAUUUUUUUUUCAAAAUUUCGUAAUUCUUUUCUUUUUUGAAUAGGGAUUUUCAACGCACAAAAAAUGAGAGAAAGUUUCUAGGAAAUUUGGCUAAUUUAAAAACAUUUUAGUUUUUUCUGAAGUUAAGAAAAGAACAAACAAAUCAAUUUCCAAAAAAAAAUUCAACUUUCAUUGUUGUUUUUUUUGUGUGUGUCGAAAAAAAAUGUUGUUUUUGUUGGCCAAUUUCCGCCCCCGUUCGUGAGGUUUUCCUCCACAAAAAAGUAUGCACUUUCUACAAACAUUUUUCAAAUAUUAUUGUUGUUUUCGAUCGAAUUUCAGCAUUUUGUAGCUAGUUGAAAAUAAGUGCUGAAAAUUCCCAGCGGACCACGUCUUUUUUUUUUUCUUUGCCGAGCCAGGAACACGUCCAGUCACAAUUGUUUAUUCACUUCGUUUCGUUUUCGUCUCUUUUCUCAUCCUUUUCUUAUCUGGAUAAUUGAAUUCUUUUGUCAUCAUUGACCGCUUAAAAUUGGCUAUAAAUAAGAAAAAAUAAGGAAAAAUAAGGAAAAAAUGAAUUAAUGGAAAAAAAACAGGGGGAAUACGAUUUUAUGAAUUUUUAUGAAUACAAUAAAAUUUUGUUAUUUUUUCAGGAGUCGAAUGCUCGAAUUGAACAACUCGAACAACAAAAUGAAAUUGUUGUUAUCGCCGAAAAUUUGGCGAUGGAAGGAGGAGAUGAAGAUGGAGAAGGUGUGUGUUUUUGGGGGGAUUUUUUUGAAGGAAAAAUUGAAACUUGUCUAGGGCCCGCGCCUUGAGAUUCAUUCUAGCAAGGAGCCGUGCCUUGAGAGCGUCCAUGUCAAGUAUCCGAGCCUUGAGAGCAUCCAUGGCAAGUAGCCAAGCCUAGAAUUACAUUAUGGCAAGUAUCCGAGCUUAGUAACCCUAGUUGUCUAGUAGCCGCGCCGAAUGAACAUAAUUGUCUAGGGCCCACGCCUUGAGAUUCAUUUUGACAAGGAGCCGCGUCUUGAGAACUUCUAUUCCAAGUAGCCAAGCCUUGGAAGCUCGGUUGUCAAGUAGCCGCGUCUAAUGAACAUAAUUGUCUAGGGCCCGCGCCUAGAGAUCCAUUUUGACAAGAUGCCGCGCCUUGAAAAUUCAAUUGUCAAGGAUUAUUGCCUAGAAAGCUAUAAUAUAACUUUUCAAAAACUCAGAUUCAACAAUUCAGGAUUUUUUUUAUUGAUUUUUUUCACCAGAAUUGAAAUUUACGCAGCUCUCUGAAAUCAUAAAUUUCCAUUUUCCCCAAAAAAAACUUUUUUUCUGCAAAUUUUCCCUACUUCCUCCAAAGGGCGUUCUUUGUGAUUGCUUGCACUUUUCUGCAAAUUUAUUUCAAGUUUAAUGAGCUACAGUAUUCUUGCUCAUUAAAAGCUUUUAGUCAUUUUUUCCAACCAAGAGAGAGAGAAAAAUCGAAAGUUGGGCAAUAUACACGCACAUAAAAAUUUUCGGCCAUUUUAUUUGGCACAUAAAAAUAGUGGGCUUUCUUUCUGUGUGCUCACACAUUAUAUUAUAUUACAUAUGAAAACAUGACAAGAAAAGAAAAUAUGAAAGGGGUUUCAGAAAAUUCGGGAAGAAAAUCACAAACAUCAAGUGUUUCACCGACUGUCAUCGAAGAAUCAUUGCAAAAUGUGAAGAUCCGAAGACAUACAGCAACUCAGGAAGAAUUAUUGUAUCCAUCGGAAGUUGUUGAACAAUCUGAAGAAACGACGAAGAAAAAGAAAAUGUGGGUUCUUUUUUUUUUGGAGAAAAAAAAUGAGAAAAAAGGAAUAAUUGAGAUGGGUUGGAAAAUGUUUGUGGAUUUAUUAAGGGAGGAAAAAUUAGAGGAAUUUUUAUUUUAAAGUCUAGAAAAGCCUGAAAUUUUUGAUAUUAUUCAGGAAUUCGUGAAUUUAAUUUUUUGAAAAUUGAAUUAUUACUGAGGUAGGGGAAAUUCGGAACUUUUCAAAAAUUAUUUUUUUGAAAUUCUAGAAAUUUUGCUCAAAAAUUCCUUGAAAAAUUAGAAUUAGAAGCCUAAAAAUUCGGAAUUUUUCAAAAAUAUAAUCAAAAAUUAUUGUUUUUUUUGAAAUUCUAGAAAUUGUGCUCAAAGUCUGGUAAUUUUGAUAUUAAUUCUAAUUAACGAAACCCUAAAUUUAAUUUUUCGAAAAUUGACAUUUUAAAAUAAGAAAGUUCAAAAAAAAACUGCUCAGAAAUAAGAUUUCUGAAAUUUUUCAUAAAUUUAAGACAGAAAAAAAGUUUUUUCAAAAAUCUUUUUUAGUUUGAAGUUUUAGACCAAAUUUCAAUUUUAAAAGUAAUUUUACACUGAAUUUUGUUUUUCUGAAAAGGUUUAGAGCAAUUUUUUCUAGAUCCCUGAACCCCUAACCUAAUAUUUAACUUCCCUCCUAAAUCCAUGAAAUUUUCCAACCUAAUCAAUCAAUAAUCCUUAAAACCAUACACAAUCCACCCGAAAUUUGCACCCAUUUCUCCCGAUUUUCCCUCUCCUUUCCUUUUUGCCACGUGUCUUGUCUAUAUUCAUAUUUAUGUUUUUGUACAUAUAUUUAUAUUUCGAUGUAGUGAUGUCCGCCUGGAAUUUGCAGCUCGAAUUCAAUCGCGGUGCAACCCUCAACAUCGGCCCCGAAUUUUCAACGAAAUUCGAAGCAACGAAGUACUGUUGGUGGAAGAUUAGGGAAUUGUAAUGGUGGCGGGUUUAGACAGCAGCAAAAUCGAAAAGGGUGAGCAGAAUUGGUGGAUUUUUGAAGGAAUAUCUAACGCUUUUGUAAAUAUAUAGUGAAUUUAUGUUGUCUUUUUAGAGGAAAAGAAACAUUAAGCAGAUUGGCAUCUGUUCAAGAGGAUUGUUGUUUUGCAUCAACAUCGAAUCAACAACCAACAACAAGUUUAUCAGCCACAUAUCCGCCAACUCGCUCGAAAUCUACACUUAACUCAACUUCAAUGACCAACAAAAAAUUAACCAGUAACAAUAGCACGAAAUCGGUUUUCGCUCGAAUUUCGCCGUCGUGGUUGAAUGAUACUUGUGCUGAAUUGAUAAUGAAAAAUAAUCGGUUCGCUUUUUUGUAGUUGUGCACCUUUUGUUUUUCUUCUCUAGUUAUUUGUCCUUUUUAACAAAUCUUUUUUGGGUGGAUUUUGCCAGGGGUUACUGUAGGGGGUUUUGAUGGGAAUUUUAGAGAAAAUUAAUUUUUUCAAAAGUUUUUUCCAGCGCGAAAAAAUUAUCUAGAAAUUUUCCCUAAACCCUGAGAAAUCUAGAAAAAAUUUGAAAUUCAGAAAAAAAUCUUGAAAAAAUUAUUUUGAAACUUUUUUUCCCAGAAAAUCACAAUUAUUAGUACAAAAAAAUUCCGAAAAAAAUCAUUAAAAUAAUUUUUUCUCGAAAUAUUUUCAGAAAAACUGAUUUACAGCUUUUUCUAGAUUUUCUUAAAAGUUCAGGCUUCAAAACUCAUUGAAAUCAAGUUUUAAAUUUUCAGUGCAAAAAAAGAAAACCUGAAAAAGACUUUUGAUUUUUUAAAUUUGGAAAUUCAGAAAAAAAUCUUGAAAAAAAAUUAUUUUGAAAUUUUUUUUUCAGAAACUUCUAAAUAUGGAUUUUCAGAAAAAACCUCACAAAAAGCACAAUUUUAGUCCAAAAUUUUUUUAAAGAAAAAUUUAUCCGAAAUUUUUUCCCCGAAAUAUCUUGAAAUUCCAGAAAACUAAUUUUCGGAUUUUUUUUUGGAAAAUUUUUGGACACAAAAAUUGGGAUAAAAAUUUUCUCAAAGUUCAGAAGUUUCUAAAAAAAAUUAAAAUUUCAAAAUCUUAUUUUUAGCUUUUUUGAAAAUUUCUAAUUUCAGCCAAAAAUUCCAGUCAAAACCUACAGUAGUCUCUCCCCAAUUUUUCCCAAUCUCCAAAUAUUCCUUGUUUUUUUCCAGAAGACAUAGUCGAAUUGCGCCAGUCAAAGAUGGAAUGCGUGGAAGUGUAGUUAGUCGAACUCAUACUUUAGAAGGACAUGCCAAAGGUGUAUUAUCAGUUGAUGUGUCAAAUGAGAAUUUGAUGAUAACUGGAUCGAAAGAUCGAACUGCGAAGUUAUGGGAUAUUGAAGCGGGAAAAGAGAUUCGAACUCUUGGAGUUCAUCCGAAUAAUGUGCAUUUGGUCAAAUUCGUGCCGUUUUCAAAUCUUGUCUUCACAUUUUCAAUGUUUGAAGGAAGAGCUUGGGAUUAUCGAUCACCUGAUUGUAUAUGUGUAAAAGUGAUCAAUUCAAGUGGACAAGUCAAUGAUGGAAGUUCGAUUGAUGUGACAUCUGUAAUGCCAAGACAGAAUUCGAUUCCAUUUUUAGAAUCUGUUAUAACUGCAGCUGAUGUUGAUCCAACUGGACAAAUGCUAUUCACUUCGUUCUCUGCAUUUGUUCGAGUUUGGAAUUUGAGAGAAUGGAAACCGUUGGGAAGAUUGAAUGCGGCAUCGCAUAGUCCGAAAUCUGAAGUUUCUUGUUUGAAAACGACGAUGACAUCGGAAGGAAGUAUUUUGGCGUAUACUGGAAGUCGAGAUCAUUAUGUGAAAGAGUAUGAAGUUGGAACUGGUGUUGGAAUUAUUGAAUCGAAGUCUGAAUUCACACCGCCACAUUAUGAUAAUGUGACGGCGGUUUUGCCGUUGAAUGGAUAUUUGUAUACGGCUUCUAAGGAUUUGGUGAGUGAGAUUUUUCUACAAAAACAAUUCCACGUCAUAAGUUUUUUGAAUACGAGUUUCAAAGGUUUUUUCGAAAGCUCUAGAACUACUUCAACAUCAGGAAAAUCUGCCACGUCAUAACCUAACCCUUUGGAUCAAAAAUCUGAAUUUUCAAAUUUUCGAAAAUUAAAAAAAAAUUUGCGUUCAAAAAUUCCACGUCAUAACCCUUUGGAUUAAAAUUCUGAAUUUUCAAAUUUUGGAAAAUUUUAGAAAUUUUUGCGUUUAAAAUUCCACGUCAUAACCUAAAAUAAAAGUUUGAAUUUUCUGAAAUAAUUUUUGAAAAUUCACACUUUUACUCUUUUAAUUCAGGUUGUGACGUGGAAUUUUUUGAACGCAAAAAUUUUUAAAAUUUGAAAAUUCAGAAUUUUGAUCCAAAGGGUUAGGUAUGACGUGGCAGAUUUUCCCGUGAUCGUUUUCAAAAAAGUUAUGGCGUGGAAUGUAUUAUGGAAUUUUGAGCUCAAAAAGUUCUAAAAUUUUCCAAAAAAGUGAAAAUUCAGAAUUUUGAUCCAAAGGAUUUUCCGAAUUUCCAGAAUUGGAUCAAAAUUUGAAAAUUAAUUUCAAAAAUUAAUUUCACAAAAAAAAAUCUAAAUCUAAAAUUAAGAAUUUAUUCACAGAUUGAAAAAAUUUCAGAUUCAUCAUUUUUAUCCAUAAAAUUGAGCUAGAUCCUGAAAUGUUGUGAAAAGUUCAGAAUUUCAAAAAACUGUAAUUUUUUAUAUAUAAUUUAGGCUAUGACGUGGAAUUUUUGAAGGCAAAAAUUUUUAAAAUUUUCAAAAAUUUGAAAAUUCAGAAUUUUGAUCCAAAGGGUUAGGUUAUGACGUGGCAGAUUUUCCCGUAUGCGUUUUCAAAAAAGUUAUGACGUGGAAUUUUGGUUUUAAAAAACUUCCAAGAAGUUUUCCAAAACAUUUUGAUCUGAAAACUUUGAAAAAAUUAUGACGUGGCAAAUUUUAGCUUUUAUUUUCCAGGUUUUUUGAAUCAAGAAAAAAAAUAUUUCAAAAAAAAAUCUAAUUUUCAAAUUCCUUAUAUUUAAAUUCCCUAAUUUUCCAGAACAUAAUGAAAUUCUCCCUGACCGAUGGAAAACGUGAACAUCUCGAACUCCGCGCCCAUCAACAAUACAUCCAAUCCCUCGUCUCACUAGGAAAUCAAAAAGGCAAAGAACAUUUGGUAUCAGCCUGCAAAGAUGGAACUGUUAGAUUCUGGGAUGUUAGUAACAAAAUGCGAUUGGUUGAAGAAUACUCGAAAGCACAUUCGGAUUCGAUAAAUGAUAUGAGCACAAAAAAUAAUAUGCUUUUUACGGCGUCCAGUGAUUCAACUGUUGGAUUUUGGAAAUUGAAUUGA